CCUCUUCAUGCCUGCCUGCUCUCUUUUCCCUAGCAAUACUAUUUCCCACUUUUCUGUGCUCCUCCCUCUUCUACACUAUAGCCAUACAUAUCCUUGUCUUUUUAACCAUCUCUAGCUAGACCUCCCUGUCCUUUCUCUAAGGGCAAAGCACCGUAUAAAUUGAAGGGCAGUUUGCUCACCACAGUAGAGAUUGUUGGGUUUAGUGUUAGCCUAGAACGGACAUUUGGCACUAUGAAGGAGGGUGGCAGGAAACAAGGUGCACCCGCACCAUGUGCAGCAUGCAAGCUUCUAAGGAGAAGGUGCGCCCAAGAUUGCGUGUUUGCCCCUUAUUUUCCAGCAGAUGAGCCCCAGAAGUUUGCUAAUGUGCACAAGGUUUUUGGUGCUAGUAAUGUCAACAAGAUGUUACAGGAACUACCGGUGCAUCAGCGAGGAGAUGCGGUUAGCAGCAUGGUGUAUGAAGCUAAUGCCAGGGUGCGUGAUCCAGUGUAUGGGUGCGUGGGUGCUAUAUCAUCUCUACAGCAACAAAUUGAUGCACUUCAGACCCAGUUGGCACUGGCUCAGGCAGAGGUGGUGCACCUGCGAGUGAGGCAGACAGCAACACUAUCAAACCACGGGCUAAGUCCUGCUAGCCCGAGUAAUAGUGGGUCACCAUCUUCUAGGCUCAUGGGGUCCCAAAUGAAGCCGAUGUUCGACAUGGAUAUGGUGGAUCACACCAGCUUGGGAGAGUCAAUGUGGUCAUGCUAGGAUAUGCAUGCUACCUUUUUAUGCCAUGCCUACCCUUACUACUACUAUAUCUAGGUUGAUUCUGUCUCCAAUGUUUUCAAUCUACAUAUAUAUAUAUAUAUAUAUAUAUAUAUAUAUAUAUAUAUAUAUAUAUAUAUAUUUUUUUUUAAUUUUGGUAUCUUCGUUAUGUAUCCAUAUGGGUAAAGGGGUAUAGCACAAAAUAGCGGUGGUGAUGGUAAUGGUGGCAGUAAUUAUAGUAGUAAUGGUGGCAGUGAUAAUGGUAGUAGUGAUUGUCUCAACGUAAAUUUAUUUAGAUACUUUGUUUUUAGAUUAACUAAUUUAACACUAUAGUAAUUAGUUAUAUACUGGUUGAUUGUGGACUUUAUGGGUAAACAUUGGAUGGAUUUUCCAUAUAAGCUAAGUAAUAUAUUGACUUUGGUUUUCCCUC